AUGGCCUCGCCCUCCAUCUCCGCGCCGCCACCCCUCCCCUCAUCGCUCGUCCCAACCGUAACUCCCGCCAGCCUCAGUUCACUCGCAAUCUACAACCCAUCCCUCGGCAGCACCGACUCGACGCUGCACAACCAGCUAAUAUUCUACACAUCCCGCCGUGGGAAUGCCGCGAUCAGCACGAACGACAAGCUUCGACAGAUCGGACUCGCGCAAGGCAUCGCCGAGUUCGCACGCGGCUUCUCGAGCACCGAUAACUGCACCUCUGUCGAGACGCAGCGAUCGCGCGUCGUAACACUCGAGCUCGAGGACGGCUGGUGGAUCCACGCGGCUAUCGACUUGACAUGUUUACAUAAUCCGACGGUGCAGCCGCCGACCCAGGAGUGGAGCUCGCGAGAGGUCGCACCGACGCAGCUACUCGUCGCACAGAUCAAACGAGCGUACUCGCAGUACCGGUUUCUUUAUGGCAGGUUCCAGAUGGGGUGGGAGAAGCUGGAGAGGGCGGCGUUUUGUAAGCGCGUGGAAAAGUUUUGGUUGCGUUGGGCGUGGGUGAGGUGGGAGGUGGUGCUCCAUGGCUCGCCGGUCAUCGAUAUGCUUGCUGAGAAGACGGUCAAUAUGGCGGGUGGGAGGCUGGGGAAGGAGGAGAUUGGACGGCAGGAGAAGGAGUUUAUGGAGGGGUGGAUACGGAAGGAGAGCGCGCAUGGACUGGUGGAUAUGGUUGUGUCGAGGUUUGGGGAGCGCGAGGUGGAAGCGGCUCCCGAGGAUGCGUCACCGACAAGGACGAAGAGCGGCUCACCGUUCUGGUUCUGGAAUCCCCACAGGAGGAGCGACAGCAGUUCAACGAAAGACCCAAACAAGAACACGGAAGAUCUACCACCAGUACUGAUGCCAUCGGAUGGCUGCGUGUUCAAAGGCAUCGGUGCGGUCGAAGUGAACGACGUAGCCAGCUAUCUGAGCGAACUAUACGAGAAGGCGGAGGAGACCUAUGUUGUCACUGGUAAUGGAGUACGGCGGAAACGCAGGCGGAAACGACCCCGUGACAAUUCCCGCCUCGGCGUGUCCUCCGGCGAGAGCUCACCCAGACGGAGUACCUCCACCAUACGACACGCACGGGAAGACGGACCAAAGCCGACGAAUUCGGGGCUAGGGAGGAACGAACCAGAAAGCCCCGAAGUCCAACCCUCAUCGCCUAUAUCACCCGACGCAGCUCUAGAGGCUGCAACUCCGAGUUCUCCGCCGGAUGCUCCGCCGCCAGCCGAUGACCCACCACCACUACAGCCGGCAGCGUGUGACGAUAGCUCCCUCCGCUUCCGCAACCUCAGUGCCGCCAACGGCAAGAUCCUCAACCUGCUAACCUUCGGCUGGAGCAGCCGGGUUCAAUCCGGCUCGACCUCGGCGCCCUCCGAAGCCGGCGACGGAGGAGACACAGACAGUGUCUUCGGCGACGCAUCUGCUCCCGCCACUAGCACAACCGAGUCCGAAAAGAAACGCCGUGGCGCAUUCCUAAUCGGCUUCCAAGGCGACCUGGAACUGGAGGACAUCGAUGACGAUCACGAGGACUCAUCCGGACGGAUCACCUCCCGCACCGUCUGGCUCCCGCGUACUCCGCCCAGCGACAGCGAAGAAGCAGAAAACGCCGUACCACACCCACUGUCCGAAUUCAAAUUAGUAGUCUACACGAACAAACCCUUCAUCUUCGCCUUCCUCUUCGCGCCACACUCUCGCAUCCUCAGCAGCCCAAGUUUCUACCGCUCGCUGCACCACCAACUAACACCUCUCCUCUCGUCACUCCCCGUCUCCAGCGCUGCGACAAAAGCUCCGUACAACCUCCUCCUCACGCAGGGGAGCGUGUACACCAACCUCCCGCCGAUCCCGGACCCGCUGCACGAGCUGCCGGGCUGGAGCCGCGCAGACGCGCUGCACGUGCACACCGUGAUCCUGUCGAUGCUGCAGGAGCGCGGAGACAGGGAGCGCAGUGUGCGCAGUGUGCGCGGGUGGUGGAUAAACUGGUGCAAGUUUGAGGGCGGCGAGGGGUUGGUGGUGCGGCGCGCGGGCGAGGGGAAGGCUGCGGGCGCCGGCGGCGUCGACGUCGGUGCGGGGGCGGCGGUCGAUGUUAAGAGGUACUUUGAGGGGCUGGAGAUACGGGACGGUGCAGAGAAAUAGUGGUGCACAGAUAGAGAAAUGAUGGACGCACUGGCACUGGCACGGCGAGAUGAGAUGACAUGGAAAGGAUUACAUAUAACUCGAGCUUCUAGAAACAUGGGCUAGUUACCGUAG